AAGAUACAUACCGCCACGAUCCAAAUGUACAGUAGAUCUUCCUGGCUCCAAUAGGAGUAUCGUCCCUUCCAGAUCAGUGGAGAUUGGAUACGGUCGGUAGGUUUCAGCCCGGUUUUGUACACUUCUGGCCCCUACUGUGUAGUACAGUGAAGGUUGUCGAUGUAUUUCCGGGGUAUGCUCGAGGCCGCCGAUUAGAGCAUCUCCACUCAAUGACAGCGACCUUACCCAAUUCGGCAUGUCCAUGCGCCAUGUGGAACGCCUUGUCGAUAUGCAUCAUCUACCACGGCUAUCUACUAUACCCUGAUCCGUCGUUAUGGUGGCCAUCGCCAAUGCCAACUGACUUAUAUAAAGACCUUCUCUCCCUCUUUACAACAAUGUCGCUACAUAUCCCACUUCAACCCUUUUCAACAUCAUCCCCCGAAGACCCUUGUCGUCUGUCCUUGAUCACCUCUCCUACUUCUCCUCAGACAAUCUCUAAAUACUAUAGUGCCCUUACCCUGAACCCCUUCACAUCAUGUCAUUCACAUCUCAAGGGACAACACCGACAACUUCGGGAAAGCUUCACCCGUUUGACCCUGUCCGACCGGAAGAGAUCAGACUCGCGGUUCGCAUCCUAGAGGCAUCGUUUCCCGGUGUUCCGCUUCGCUACAACCGCAUUGAUAUUCAUGAGCCUGUUAAGCAAGAUGUCAUUCCCUAUAUCGAAGCAGAACGGCUAGGAAAGCCUCUUCCUCCCAGACCAGCACGUCUUUUGUAUUCCUACUUCAGUCGUCAAGACACAGGCGUCUGCAUCAAGGCCUUGAUGAAUGCGGAUACGAGGUCUCUCAUCUACGCAAAGGAGUUCCCAGAGGGAGUGCAGCCCCCCAUGGAUAUUGAUGAAAUUGCUGGUAUCGAAGAGCACUGCAUGCAGCACCCAGCUGUCCUGGCAGAAAUUGAAAAGCUCAAGCUGCCCCCUGGCAUGACAGUCUGCAAUGACCCAUGGAUGUACGGAACUGACGACCUCAACGAGAAACGGCGACUUUUCCAAUGCUUCAUGUAUAUCGUCGAGGUCGAUCAUCCCGAGAACAACCAUUAUUCUUUACCUUGCAAGUUCUCUCCUGUCUUUGAUGCCCGUACAAAGGAAUUGGUCCGUAUGGAUUAUCUCCCCGGUGGCGCAGAUCACCAGACAACCGAGACUCAGCCGUGGGUACCCGUCAAAGCAGUUCAGUAUGCUCCAGAACUUCUAGACGAGCCACUCCGGACAGACCUCAAGCCAUAUGUUGUUCAACAGCCUGAGGGUGCUUCCUUCUCGGUGGAUGGCAACUCCGUUUACUGGCAGAAAUGGCGCUUCAGGGUUGGAUUCAAUAACCGGGAGGGUCUCGUCCUCCACAAUAUCACAUACGACAAGCGCAACGUUUUCUACCGUCUGAAUGUCUCCGAGAUGACCGUGCCAUACGGAGACCCCCGAGCCCCCUUCCACCGCAAACAAGCCUUCGACGUCGGCGACGUCGGCUUUGGUCUCAACGCCAACCAACUCUCCUUGGGCUGCGACUGCCUCGGCCAUAUCAAAUAUUUCGACGGCUACAGAUGCGACGCGAAGGGCAGCCCCAUCCUGUUGAAGAACAUCAUCUGUAUGCACGAACAAGACAACGGCCUGCAAUACAAGCACACAAAUUACCGCUCAAACGCAGCAACCGUCAAGCGUAAUCGCCAGCUCGUCCUCCAGAUGAUCUGCACCGUCGCAAACUACGAAUACAUCUUCGCCUACAUUUUCGACCAAGCUGGAAACGUCGAGCUCGAAGUCCGCGCAACAGGUAUCCUGUCCACCGUUCCCUUCGACAACCUGAACGGUGAGACUGUUCCCUGGGGUACUAACGUCGGCCCUGGCGUCAUGGCCCCCUACCACCAACACAUGUUCUCUCUCCGCAUCGACCCCGCAAUCGACGGCUUUAACAACACCGUCUACUACGAAGAUAGCGUGCCGCUCCCUGAGGACGAGAAUAACCCCUAUUUGGUGGGCUACACCACAGAACAGACCGUGAUCCGGAAGUCCACCUCCGCCAACACAGACGUUAACCGUCACCGCGUCUUCAAAAUCCGUAACGACAACGUUAUCAACCCCAUCACCUACAAGCCCGUGUCAUACAAACUCAUGGCAGUGCCUAGCCAAAUGCUCCUACUCCCCAAGCACGCAGUGGGACACCAGCGGGCUGAGUUUGCCAGCAAGCCGAUCUGGGUCACCAAGUACCAGGAUAAUGAGCUGUUCGCCGCUGGCGAAUUCACGAACCAGAGCAAAAAGGCCGAGGGUGUUGAGACCUGGGUCCAGAGAAACGACGAUACAGAGAAUGCGGACGUGGUCCUUUGGCACACUUUCGGUCUCACCCACAACCCUCGUAUUGAGGACUUCCCUGUGAUGCCUAUGGAGCGUAUUAGCGUUAUGCUUCGGCCGGAUGGCUUCUUUACGAAGAACCCGGCUCUGGAUGUGCCUCCUUCGUCCCAGGCAUUCAAUAAAUCGACUCUUCACCCCGAACCGGCGCCGGCUGCGGCAUGCUGCUCUGGGGUUGGAGGCAGCAAGGCGAAGCUUUACAAGCGUGUUGACUAAGUGAGAUACGCUUGGCUGGUUCUGUUAUUGUACAUGAGACUUCUUUCUGUAUAUAAUUUAAAUAUAAUGAGAUGGAUGGACUGAUCU